GAGCAAGAAUUAUUAGAUAAUAUUAAUAAAGAGUUGGAAAGCGAGGAAAUAGAUAAUGGAAGUGAGAAUGAAAUGGUGGAUGAAAUAGAUGAGAUAGUAAAUGAAAUGGUGGAUGAAAUAACAGAUAAAAGAGUAAAUGAACAGGUAGAUAAAAUGGUGAAUGAAAGAGUAAAUGAAUGGGUAGAUGAAAUUGCAAAUGAAAAGGUAAAUGAAAUGCAAAUGGAAGGGCAAACAAAAGAGCAAAUAAAAGAACAAAUGAAAGGGCAAACGAAAGGGCAAAUGAAAAGGGCAAAUGAAAGGGUGAAUACAAUCAAAAAGGUAAACGAAAAAGCAAAUAAAAGGGUGAAUGAAAAAGCAAAUGAAAGGAUGAAUGUAAAGGAAAACGAAAAAGUAAAUAAAAGAAUAAACAAAAGGAUAAAUAACAAGGUAGACAAAAUGGUGAAUGAAAGAAUGAAUGAAAGAGCAGAUAGAAUAGCGAACAAAGGAGUGAAUGAAAAGGCAAAUGAAAGGGUGAACGAAACAGCAAAUAAAAGGGUAAGCAAAAGAAUGAAUGAAAGGGUAAACAACAAGGUAGAUGAAAGGGUGGACAAAAGGGUGGACGAAAGGGUAGACGAAAGGAUAAAUGAAAGAAUAGAUGAAGGGAUGUGCAAAAGAAUAAAUGAACGAGUAAACAAAAGAGUUGAAAUAAUGAAUAAAGAGAUAGAUGAAACAAUGAAUGAAGAGAUGAAUGAAACGGUGAAUGAAGGGAUGGAUGAAAUGGCAAAUAAAGGGGUAGAUGAAAUGAUGAAUGAAGAG